UCAAAUAGAACAGUUAACUAUUUAAUAUUUCAUUAAAUUCAUUAAAGCUUUUAAAUUAGUGAGAAUUGUGCAAUUAAUAUUCAAAAUAUGUAUAGUGGAAUUUUUAUAUUUGCAUUUUUAAGUCAAUUGUCUUUCCGCUUCUUAUCUACGAUGACUUAUGAAAAAGAAAAUUAUGUAACAUAUCUAACUGGAGUAGUUAAUUAUAUACGUUAUAAAGAAGGUUGGAAUUAUCUAAAACAUUUAGAACUGAAAUUGGGGUCUUUCGAUGGAAUACCUGUUGAAGAAGUAUUGGAAAACAAUGCUAGCAAUAAUCUAUUAGAAAUGUCAACUUUCAUUAUUAAUUUACUGAACAACUUGUAUGUUGAAGUAAUAAGAUCAUUUCUGGAGUUUCUUAGAAUAAUUAUAAACAAGUGUGAAAAGUAUUCUGCUGAUAAUUUAUUUAAAGAACUGAUUGAUUGUACUGAAUUACUCGAGAAUGGAGUAAAAAAAUCUACAAUUUUAUUUGACAAAUUGUAUAAAGCAACGACGUUUAUCAGUUCUUUAGAUUUAAAAUAUGCAUUUCCUAAAAUUGAAGGAAAUCCUUUUGUUGUAGUUGAUGAAAUAUAUUUCGUCAAGCAAUUCGUGAGUUUCAUAAUAUUAACAAAUUGGUCAUAUUAUAAAAAUCAAAAAGAAGAUUUUGACAAUUACAUAGCAGUAAUGAUUAUCUCUAAUAUUAAAAAAUUUUCAAAUGAGGUAACUGAAAUGAUAUUAAACAUAGAAAAGGGAAAAAAAAUUUUAGUAGAUUUUCCCUACCGAAUAAAUAUUAAAUUAAUGUUCGAUAACGGUUACAAAACCUGUACAAAUCAAUACACAAGAUAUAAUGAUUUUAUUUUUCUUAAUUUAAAUAAGGUUUAUGAUCAUAUUGCAAGAAAUGGAUUUGAUAAAUUUGGCUUUAAUGAAUUGCUUUCUCCUUCAAUAAAUAAUUUUCCGUCACUCGUACCACCACCAGAUGAUCCAAUCAAUCCAGGACAAAGAUUAGCAGCUAUGAAUAUACUUAUUGAUAAGAUUAAAUGGGAUUCUUUUACUGGUAUAUCAAUACAGGAAUCCUAUCAAACAAUUAGUUUGAGUCGUGUUCUCAGAGAUCCAGUUGAUAUUUAUAACUUUCAUAUCAAAAGAAAAUAUAUUAAACUUUUAUUUAGGUGUAAGAUUUUAGAAGUAUUAACAGAAUAUACUUCUUAUUUAACUGCAAUCUUACAAUUAUUUGACAAAGAGAAAAAACAUUUAGAGUUUACAAAUAAUCAUGUUAAAUAUGUUGAAUCGGUGUAUAUAUUUGUUGAUACCAUUAAGAGGACUCAGAUAUUUUUUAAUAUUAUAAAUACAGUAAUAAUGAAUUUAAAUAAAUCAUCGAUGUGGUUUCAAAACCAAGCAAGUUUAUUAUUAUGGCCUAUACAAAAGCUUGUAAAUGAUUAUUUUGUUUUGUUAAAUAAAACAUCUUUAUUACGCGAUGAUUUUAUUUUUAAAGAGAAUUGUGAUGAGAAAAUAAAAGCAGACCAAUAUCUAUCUGAUGUAACACUAGUAAAAAAACUCUUUUCACAUAAGUUAUGUAAUUUGAAACGAAAUCGAGAACAUCGUUGUAUAUUUAAUUUAAGUUCCAGAUUUCAUAGAGAAAAUUUUAAAAAUAUUACCAAGAUAAAUGCUGUUGAAUUGAAUAAUAAUACAAUUGACUCAAAAACUUACUGUCAACAGGCUUGUGUGGAAUUGUACAUGUAUUGUGAUCAUUUUAUUAACGUUGAACUUAUAAAUCUUGGUUUUGAUAAAAUUUAUUAAAAUAUUUUUUUAUGUUAUAAAAACUUUUUAUGGCAUAUUUUAAACUUUCAUAGUAUUCACUUCUAAAUUCAUUGUUAAGUUAUUAUUUAAAAAUUACAUGUAAAGUUGGAUUAUUUUAUUUUUAUUUGAGUAAUAAUGGUCCAUAUGUAGCUACAAUAUUUCAUUAUUGUUGAAUAUUCUUCAUAUUGUAGUUUAAAAAAAAAACC